UACCUUCCUGCAUGUACUGUCAACCUGUUGCACUUCUGCUUUUUACAUGUUUUUGUUUCAUAUUUUGAACAACAAGCGGGCAUAACCGGUUCAGAGACCGCCUCUGGGGUGAAGGUGAGCUCCGUAGGCGAACAAGUCCUGAGCAGCCACCUCACAACCGUCUUCCUCCCGAUCGUCUACAUCAUCGUGUUCGUGGUGGGGCUGCCCACCAACGCCAUCGCCAUCUGGGUGUUCGUCUUCAGGACCAAGAAGAAGCACCCGUCCUCCAUCUACAUGGCCAACCUGGCCCUGGCCGACCUGCUCUUCGUCAUCUGGGUCCCCCUGAAGAUUGCGUAUCACUUCAACGGCAACAACUGGACCUACGGGCACGGACUGUGCAAAGUGCUGGUGGUGUUUUUCUACGGCAACAUGUAUUGCUCCAUCACCUUCAUCGCCUGCAUAAGCGUCCAGCGCUACAGGGCCGUGGUCAAUCCGCUCUCGCGGCCCCGGAGGGCCAACGCCGUGGCCGUCGGCGUCUCCAUCACCGUGUGGGCGGUGGUCUGGCUUCUCACCGUCCCCCUCUACCUGUACGACCAAGAGGUCCGCGUGACGAACCUGAACAUCAGCACCUGCCACGACGUCACCAAGCCCAGUCAGAAGGAAAUGGCGGCGGGCUACUUCCUGACGAUGGGGACUCUGGGGUUCAUCGCUCCCACCUUCGUGUGCAUCAUCUCCUACGUGCUCAUGCUCAAGGCUCUCCGCAACAACAUGGCGGACCCCGCCAUCGCCAAGAAGCGGCGAAAGGCCAUGGUCUUCAUUGUCACCGUGCUGGUGAUGUUUCUGGUGUGCUUCACCCCGAGCAACAUCAUGCUGCUGGUGCACUACACCCUCCUGUUGGGCGAGGCGCACAACAACCUGUACGGCUUCUACAUCUCCACGCUGUGCCUGGCAAGUCUCAACAGCUGCCUGGACCCGUUCAUCUACUACUUCAUCUCGGAGGACUUCAGGAAUCACGUGAAGAACACGUUCCUCUGCAGGAGCGAGAAGACAGUGGAGAGGAUGAGGGUCUUCAGAGCCCUCAAGUACUCCAAGAAGAACAAAACAUACACGUCUGAUUCGGGGAACACGCGGAGCACCGAAAGCUGACUCGUCAUCUUUAAAAAUUCCUCGGUUAUGGAUUUCUUUACUGUGACUUUGUCUGUUUCUGUGAGGAAACUGACAUGUCAUCUGUUUUAAAGGCCUCCUAGAAGCUUGGAGCAGGCUAAGUUACUGUUAUUUUAUUUUGUAAAUGGGAUUUUAUUUUUUGUAUCUUUUGAUAAUACAACUGAUGUUUAACGCUUGUUGCGGUCGUCUGCAGUUUUAUUUGAUUUCUAUGGGACAUCAUAUAUUUUUAUAUGAACUUUUAGCUGUCAUUUCUAUUGUUUUGACGUGCUAAAAGGUUUUAGCAUGUUGUGUGAUACAUGAUGCAAGCUUGACAUGUUUUAUACCUUGUGGAUGCAUUGUUUUUUUUUUUGUUUUUUUUAAGUAAUCACUUGAAAGUCAAUAAAUGUAAAUGUACAACCUGCAGGCCUGGAAAAGUCUCAGAAUGUCUUAGAAGGUGUAAAGAAGUCUUACAUUUGAUUUACAAAUGUCAUAUAUGUUUCUCUUGAGUGCUGAAGGGAGUUAUGUUAGUUCAUCAAUGUUUUAUUUGUUUUUAUCUGAUUGCAGGCUGUCAGGAGAUGAUUUGCAUCUAUAAACUAAAAGGUGUUUUUUGCUGCAAGAGGCUGUUCAAUACGUGUUCGUACCGUCAGACCUGCAGCA